AUGUUUUUUUUAUUUAAUUUUUUUAUUUUACUUUUUCAUUCAUUACAAUCUAAAUAUAAUUGUGUAAUUGUUGAGGGAAAAUUAUUAUGUAAUAAAAAACCUCAAAUUGUUAAUGAAAUUCAAGUAUAUUUAUAUGAUUAUGAUCCUUUUAUUUUUGAUUUUGAUGAUAAGAUGGGAAAAACAUUGACCAAUGGUACUGGAUAUUUUAAUAUAUCUGGAUGUGGUGAAGAUUCUGGUGAAAAUAAUCAACCUGAUCCUUAUUUACUCAUAAAACAUUAUUGUACUGAUAAUGGAAAAAUGGGAAAAACAUAUAUUGGUCUUUUACCUAUCUUCAAACCUAGAAGACAAAAUAUUGGUAAAAUUAUUUUAGAUAAUGAAGAUUAUGAAUAA